AUGUCAGCUGUCAUAGUCGUUCAUGGUGGAGCAUGGGCAAUUCCGAAUGACCUCGCCAAGGCCUCAGUUGAUGGCGUAAAGGCAGCAGCAUGUGAAGGCUUUGCUGUUCUGCAGAAAAAAGGAACUGCACUGGAUGCUGUCGAGUCAGCCGUGCGGGCCUUGGAAGAUAACGCUGUGUUUAAUGCAGGUCAUGGAGCAACUCUGAACACAGAAGGGGAAGUGGAGAUGGAUGCCAUCAUCAUGGAUGGAAAGACACUAGCUUGUGGUGCUGUGUCGUCAGUAAAGAAUAUCGCUAACCCAGUUUCGCUGGCACGGGCAGUGAUGGAGAAGACUGAUCACGUCAUGUUGACUGACCGCGGUGCAAACCUGUUUGCAAAGACCAUUGGCGUGGAUGCUGUUUCUUCUGAAAAACUGGUGACAAAUUAUGAGAGAAAAGAAUGGGAGAAACACAAGAAUUAUGUGACAGGUGUAAAGGAAGACUUCAACGCUCGUUGGGCUCAUGAUACUGUCGGUGCUGUUGCUGUGGACUACGCUGGCAAUGUUGCCUGUGCCACAUCGACUGGGGGAAUCCGAAAUAAAAUGGUCGGCAGAGUUGGUGACUGCCCCGCUGUUGGCUGUGGAGGAUAUGCAGACAAUCUUUGUGGAGCUGUGUCUUGUACAGGCCAUGGAGAGUCCAUCCUUAAAGUCACACUGGCCAGACUCAUCCUUUCACACGUUGAACAAGGUAAAUCUGUGGAAGUGGCUUCAAAAAUAUCUCUGAAGUACAUGGGGGAACGUGUGCGUGGUGCUGGUGGGGCCAUCGUUGUUUCUCCAAUUGGUCAGUGGGCAUCAACUUUCACCACAGAGCGAAUGGCUUGGGCCGCCGUGGAAAAGAAUGUUCUCUACUACGGAUUAGAGCCAAAUGAAAGACGGAUGGAACGUUUGUCCUGAUUAGAAUAUUAACCGGAAACGGUUCAUAUGCUCCAUUAAAGCAUAUUAAGUAGUAGUAAUUAUUUGCAUAUAUCAUCAGUUACAGUUUUUCAACCAGGUGGAAUGAUGCUGACUAAUAUGUGAAGUCAAAACAUUGUAAAGGACAAAUGUUUAAAGAUGUCAGGUGUGAAUAAGAUUCCAAAUAGCAAGUGCUAAAUUGCUGGGACAGGGCUUUAGAUACACAGUCAGAGAGAUAAAUCUUUAUAAAUUGUAAAUUGAGA